AGCUAACAAGAAUCUAAUUCAAGUCUCGCCAACCUCUAUAGCCAUACUGGUCUAGUGUUCGUGAAAGAAUCGUUGCGACUUCCGUUGUUUGUUUCCAUUUUGACGUAGCUGUAGUCUCAUUUGUUACAAUUUGAUCUGCUGUCUUUGAAUUCCAUCAUCUUUUGAGUAUGAAACGGAACGCUGCUUCUGCUGAACGUGCUCCUCGCGAGUUUGGAGGCGCCAAAGGUGUCUUGGCUAUGAUGGCUGGCUUUCCCUCUAUUAUGUAUUAUUUAUGGGCAAGUGCAAAGUACAACAAUGGUCAAUUUCUUCAACCCUCUUCCUAUACACUUAGCGGAUUAUGUGAGUUCUUUCGAACCAUCGGAAACUAUAUUGCUAUUGGCGCUUAUCCUAGCAGAUACGCCAUCACUAUUUUUUGGACAUUUGUCAUUACCCAAGGCAUCUUUUACGUGACUCUCCCUGGAGUACGCACCCGUGGUCUUCCUUUGAAACAUCGAAAUAAUGCCUCUCUCCCUUAUCUGUGUAAUGCUGUUUGGUCUUUUUAUACUACCAUUGUCAUCCUCGCUGCUCUUCAUCUUACUAAUGUUUUUCGCAUCACCACCAUCUUGGACCAAUUUGGACCCCUCAUGAGUGUUGCUAUUAUUAGUUCCUUCAUCAUUACCUUGACCUUGUAUUUGGGCUCUCUUCUUUUUGGUGAGAGGCUCUUCGACAAACCACAUGACUUGUCUGGUAAUCCCAUUUAUGAUUACUUUAUGGGUGCUAGUCUUAACCCCCGUAUCGGCAAGCUCUUGGACUUGAAGAUGUUCUUUGAGGUCCGCAUUCCUUGGUUCAUCCUUUUCUUCCUUUCCGUCGCUGCGGCCGUUCGCCAAUUUGAGAACUAUGGCUAUGUUAGUCCCCAAAUCCUCUUCGUUUGUUUUGCCCAUUAUUUGUAUGCCAAUGCUUGCGCCAAGGGUGAGGAACUCAUUGUUCCUACCUGGGAUAUGGCCUAUGAGAAAUUCGGUUUUAUGCUUAUUUUCUGGAAUAUGGCUGGUGUUCCUUUUACUUAUAGCCAUUGCACUCUCUUUUUGGCUGCACGUAAUCCCAAACAAUACGAAUGGUCUAGCUCUUACAAUAUUGCUAUCUAUGCAUUAUUGAUUUGUUGCUAUUAUGUCUUUGAUACUUGUAACAGUCAAAAGAACCGUUUCCGUAAUCAAAUUCAUGGUUUGACUACUACCCGUAAAUCAUUUCCCCAACUCCCUUGGCAAACCAUUAAGAAUCCCACCUUUAUUCGCUGUGCCAAUGGUGGUACCUUGUUGACCUCCGGUUGGUACCGUUAUGCUCGUAAAAUCCAUUACACCGUCGACUUUUUCCAGUCUCUUUCUUGGGCUAUGAUUACCGGCUUCUCCUCACCUCUUCCUUACUUUUACCCUUGUUUCUUUCUAAUCGUUUUGGUGCACCGUGUUAGCCGCGAUAUCCAAAAGUGCAAAGCGAAGUAUGGUACUGACUUUGAUGAAUACUGCCGUAUUUGCCCUUAUCUUUUCAUUCCUUACGUCUUUUAAGAAAAAAAAACUGUUGCACAUGUUUUUUGUUUACAUGCUUUAGUAUUCUGCUGUUUAUAAAGGCCAAUUGAUUUCGUUUUUGUGCUCUUAAAAUUGCUAAGCUCAUUCUAUCAUACGUAAGACUAAGCGUCGUGUUUGUCUGUA